AUGCUUAAUCGCGAGGAACUAGAUGUCUCACGUAAGAAAAUCCACUGCCAACCAUGCAACUCCCCCUUCCCAUCUAACUUGAGCAACGCAGCACCAAGUAACGGCGAGACCGCAGCACCCCCAAACAUUCCGAAAAAGAAAACCGCGAUGCGUUUGGUCAAUUCUUCUCUCGUAUACCAUGUCGAAAGGGUAUACAUAGCAGCCGGGAUAUACCCCGCCUCCGAGAAACCCAAGAUGCUUCGCUGCGGCAAUGACGCCGAAGAUGCACACUUGGGAGCUGAUCCAGCAGCGGGGCCCCACCUAGUACACAUUCAAUUGGGCUUAUUUAGCUUCAUAUCUCAUGUCUCUGGGGACAGUAGCACUGGCGAUGUUGGUCCGGUCGAUCUGGUAGGUUGCGAAGCCGAUGGUGAGAAGAGGGAGGACCCGAAAAUCGGCUCUGGUUGUAAGGUAUUAGUGGUGGCAUCUCAAGGACUUUUCUACAGUGAGGUUGAACCAUCAAAAAUCUCUGGAAAUGUUGAAGACUAA